CUCUACGUGCGUGAAAUGGUCAAUCGGAAGACCAAACUUUAUUUGCAAUAUUGAAUAUUUGUAUCAAUUAGUGCUUAAAUAUAUAUAGUAAUAUAAACCUCGCAUUUAAUUGUGGUGUGUGCUAGAUCUGAAGUGAAGUGAAAUGUGGUCGAUGACAGUGUAAAACUAAUAAAACCCCAGCAAUCAAAUUAUGUUAUUGUAAAUAACAAUAUAAUCUGUGAUCUCUGUGUAUAGUGCUAGUUUACAGGAUAAUCUGUUAAAUAAUAGUUUAGUUUGUUUAUGUUACGAUGAGUGGUGUUAGCUUGAAACCUCCACCGCCGUUGAAGCAAAUCGACUUGGAUCAGAUAUGGGGCGAUCUCCGAGAGGGCAUAGAACAUGUGUACAGGAAACAGCAUAUGGAGAGGAAGAGAUACAUGGAGUUGUAUACUCAUGUAUACAACUACUGCACUUCAGUGCACCAGAACACGUUCACUGGCAGUGGAGUGUCUCACAGCCGGGGGCAAGCUGCAAGGCAGGGCCAGGGCUUUGGGCUUGUUAACAAGAAACAGAGUCCAGCGACGACCGGCGGCGCUCAGUUGGUCGGCUUAGAGCUCUAUAAGAGACUCAGGGAAUUCUUGAGGAACUACCUCGUCAAUCUGUUGAAGAACGGAGCCGAUCUUAUGGGCGAAGAUGUCCUCGCGUUCUACACGAACCAGUGGGAAGAGUACCAGUUCAGCUCUCGCGUGCUCAACGGAGUCUGCGCGUAUCUUAACCGGCAUUGGGUCAAGCGCGAGUGUGAGGAGGGCAGGAAGGGUAUCUACGAGAUAUACCAGCUGGCGUUGGUGACAUGGCGGGACAAUUUGUUCAAAUGUUUGAACAAGCAGGUGACCAAUGCUGUGCUGAAGCUUAUCGAGAAGGAACGGAACGGUGAACCGAUUAACACUAGACUUGUUUCCGGGGUCAUCAACUGCUAUGUAGCCCUAGGGCUCAACGAAGAGGACCCUAGUGCUCGGGGCCAAAACCUGGCUAUCUAUAAGGACACCUUCGAAGCGGUGUUUUUGGAGGACACGGAGAGGUUCUACACCAGAGAGAGCACUGAGUUCUUGAGGAAUAACCCAGUGACCGAGUACAUGAUCAAGGCCGAGCAGCGUUUGCAAGAGGAGCAGAGACGCGUGCAAGUAUACUUGCACGAGACGACAAUGGAGCGACUGGCCAAGACUUGCGAUCGGGUGCUCAUUGAGAAACAUCUCGAGAUCUUCCAUGCAGAAUUUCAGAAACUUCUAGACGGCGACAAGAACACAGACCUAGGUCGCAUGUACAGCCUGCUGGCGCGCAUCCCGGACGGGCUGACGGAGCUGCGGCGCCUGCUGGAGCAGCACAUCCACGCGCAGGGGCUGCACGCCGUCGACAAGUGCGGCGAGCCCGCGCACCAGGACCCGAAAGUCUACGUGUCAACAAUACUGGAGGUUCACAAGAAGUACAACGCCCUUGUGUUGGUCGCCUUCAACAACGAUUCUGGCUUCGUGGCGGCUCUGGACAAGGCCUGCGGACGAUUUAUCAACAGCAACGCCGUGACUCGCGCCGCAAACUCCUCGUCCAAGAGUCCGGAACUGCUCGCCAAGUACUGCGACCUGCUGCUGAAGAAAUCCAGCAAAAAUCCUGAGGAAGCAGAGCUCGAGGACACGCUUAACCAAGUGAUGGUUGUGUUCAAAUACAUAGAGGACAAGGAUGUGUUCCAAAAGUUCUACAGCAAGAUGCUCGCCAAGCGGCUUGUGCAACACAUGUCCGCCAGCGACGACGCCGAAGCAUCAAUGAUCUCAAAACUGAAGCAGGCUUGCGGAUUCGAGUACACGAGCAAAUUACAGAGGAUGUUCCAGGACAUCGGCGUAUCUAAAGACCUGAACGAGAACUUCCGAAAGCACAUGUCGAACAGCUCCGAGCCGUCCCUGCACAUCGACUUCAGCAUACAAGUGCUAUCCUCUGGCUCUUGGCCUUUCCAGCAAUCUUCUUCCUUCCAGCUACCUACAGAGCUCGAGCGUUCCGUGUCGCGUUUCACAACGUUCUACUCGUCGCAACACUCGGGCCGCAAACUCAACUGGCUCUACAACAUGAGCAAGGGGGAGCUAGUCACCAACUGCUUCAAGAAUAGAUACACGCUCCAAGCCAGUACUUUCCAGAUGGCAGUGCUGCUGCAGUACAACGAGAACACAGCGUGGAGCGUACGCCAGCUAGAGCAGCACACUGGUAUCAAGGGGGACUUCCUAGUUCAGGUGCUACAAAUCCUUCUCAAAGCCAAGCUACUGGUCUGCCAAGAAGACGAGACUGAGCUCACUGAGUCCUCGAUCGUUGAACUCUACCUAGGAUAUAAGAACAAGAAAUUAAGGGUGAACAUCAACAUCCCCCUGAAGACAGAGCUGAAGGUGGAACAGGAAGCCACACACAAACACAUCGAGGAGGACAGGAAGAUGCUCAUACAGGCGGCGAUCGUCCGAAUAAUGAAGACCAGAAAGACUCUGAAACACCAACAUCUCGUGGUAGAGGUGCUCAACCAGCUCUCCUCGCGGUUCAAGCCUCGCGUCCCCGUCAUCAAGAAAUGCAUCGAUAUCCUGAUAGAGAAGGAAUAUCUGGAACGCACUGAGGGAGAAAAGGACACAUAUAGCUACCUGGCGUGAUCACCACACCUGUAUAUGAAUUAAUGAAUAUAACAAUAUUAAUGUCA